AUAAUCUCUAAAUUACACACUAUUAAUUUUAAAAAAAAAACCCUAAAGAAAUACUUUUAAUUCCAGCGGUAGCUAAAAGCUGGAAUUCACUGUUAUAUGUAAAUAUAUUUAUAUAAAAUAAAUCAAUAUCAUUCUGCCUUUGCUUAACGCAGAAACAAAUCAAUAACGGUCGUUAAAGCUCUCUUCUCUUUUUCAGAUCUUUUCAUUUUUGUGUUUUCAGUUCAGGUGUAUAUUUUUGAAGAAUUGAUUGGAAAAAGAAGGAAAUAGUGAUCAUGGCUUUAGGGAAAUACAGUAGAGUAGAUAAUAAUAAGAGUUCCUCGUCUUCGAGUUAUUGUUCCACUGUCACCAUUGUGAUUUUCAUGGGAUUAUGCUUAGUUGGGAUUUGGAUGAUAACCUCGUCCUGGGUUGUCCCGCUUCAGAACGGGGAUGAUAUGGCUGAAGAAAAGAAAAAUCAGGUCGAGAAUCACAGCGGCAACAAGCCACAGUUUGAAGAUAAGCCCGAUGAUCUAGGUAAGGAUGCUCCGCAAGGGGAUUCAAAUGUGAGUCUAGCUAAAGAUGAGGGCAAAACCAACUUCAAUGCAAAAGAAAAUAAUGAGAACGCUGAAGAGACUAAGUUGGAGAAGUCUAAGAAGGAUAAUGAGCAAUCCAAUCCUGAAGGUGGAGUGAAAAACAAUGGAAGCAGCGAGAAUCCGGGUGGACAAGGGUCUGAAAACAGCAAUGAUAAACCUUAUUCUAAUGAGAAUGACAAGAAAUCCUAUUCUAAUGAUGGUCAAGUGAAAAAGAAGAGCUCAAAUGAAGUUUUCCCAUCUGGUGCUCAGUCUGAAAACUCUGAUGGUCAAGCGAAAGGUGCUCAGUCUGAGCUUUUGAAGGAAACAAAGAUUCAGAAUGGAUCCUUCUCUACUCAGGCGGCAGAAUCAAAAAAUGAAAAAGAUGCUCAGUCGUCAAACUCAUCAUCAAAGGAAUACAGUUGGAAGCUUUGCAAUACCACUGCCGGGCCUGAUUUUAUCCCCUGCCUUGACAAUUGUGAGGCCAUCAGGAAUCUCCAUAGUACCAAACAUUAUGAACAUCGAGAGAGGCACUGUCCAGAAGCAUCACCAACCUGCCUUGUUCCUCUUCCUGAAGGAUACAAAUACCCAAUUCCAUGGCCGAAAAGUAGGGACAAGAUUUGGUACAGAAAUGUUCCCCAUUCCCAGCUAGUAAAAUUUAAAGGAGGUCAGAAUUGGGUGGAAAUUUCCGGGAAUUACUUAACAUUCCCUGGUGGUGGAACCCAGUUUAGGAGAGGUGCACUUCAUUAUAUCGACUUCAUACAAAAGUCUGUGCCUGAUAUAGCAUGGGGGAAACACUCUCGAGUGCUGUUGGAUAUUGGAUGUGGGGUUGCCAGCUUUGGAGGUUAUCUUUUUGAAAGAAAUGUGAUCACUAUGUCGUUAGCACCAAAAGAUGAACAUGAAGCUCAAGUACAAUUUGCACUUGAAAGGGGAAUUCCUGCUGUGUCUGCUGUGAUGGGUACUAAGAGACUUCCCUACCCUAGCAGUGCAUUUGAUGUUAUUCACUGUGCACGAUGUAGAGUUCCAUGGCACAUAGAAGGUGGUAAACUCCUUUUAGAGCUCAACCGUUUGCUACGACCUGGUGGUUUCUUUGUGUGGUCUGCUACUCCUGUUUAUCGGAGAAAAGGUGAUGAUGCUGAAAUCUGGAAAGCUAUGAUUGAACAAACGAAAUCUUUGUGCUGGGAGUUCUUAAACGAAACUAAAAUGGAACCAGUAAAUAAGGUGGCUAUAGCAACAUUUAGAAAGCCUAAAUCUAAUGACUGCUAUGAGCAAAGGCCACAGCAAGUGCCUCCAUUAUGUCCUGAGUCUGAUGAUCCAAAUGCGGCGUGGAAUGUAUCACUUCAAACAUGCAUGCACAAAGUACCCGUAGAUGCAUCAAAACGUGGGUCUAAGUGGCCUGAGCAUUGGCCAGAAAGGUUGGAAAAAACGCCUUAUUGGUUGUCGAGUUCCCAAGUCGGAGUUUAUAGCAAAGCAGCACCAGAGGAUUUUACUGCUGACAUUGAGUCCUGGAAACAGGUGGUCACCAAGUCAUACAUGAAUAAUAUGGGAAUAGACUGGUCAUCAGUCCGAAAUGUCAUGGACAUGAGAGCUAUUUAUGGAGGGUUUGCUGCAGCACUCAAAGAUAAGAAUUUAUGGGUCAUGAAUGUCGUCCCGAUCGACUCUCCAGACACACUUCCUAUAAUAUACGAAAGAGGUCUGUUUGGUAUAUAUCAUGAUUGGUGUGAAUCAUUUAGCACCUACCCGAGAUCUUACGAUCUUCUCCAUGCUGACCAUAUAUUCUCCAAGGUUCAAAAGAGGUGCAAUUUCAUUGCUUUGGUUGCCGAGGUCGAUCGAAUACUAAGGCCGGGAGGGAAGCUUAUUGCUCGAGACCAUGUCGAGACUAUUACCAAGCUGGAGGAUAUGUUCCGGUCCAUGCAUUGGGAAGUCAAGAAGAAAUACUCCCAGGACAAGGAAGGCUUGAUUUGUGUUCAGAAAUCGAUGUGGCGACCUACGGAGAUAGAGACGCUCACAUAUACCAUUGCUUAGGCAUCGGUUUCUCAUCUUUUGCCUUUUACUCUCUUCUCUUGUGGUUGCUAACUGCAAUUUUUGGUAUGUAAUAGCCCUUGUAGAGGCUUGUAUCAUGUUAA